GUUGAAGGCAGCCACAAAGCGCUGACUGGCCAUGCUUGUACCCGAGCCAUGCAUGACGAUGCGUUUGCCUGUGCAGGGGUUGAAAUCAGGAACCAGGCUCGUGGGAGGAUGACCGGGAUUCAUUGGAGAGAUGCAGCGGCAACAGGGUCGCUUGUCGGUCUCGGCAGCAGCUUUCUGUGUACCGUAUCCGUGGGGGAGGCCUUCGUGAUUGCAGCAGCUCGGAUGUAAUCCGUCCAGUGAUGCCGUAUUCCGAUGCUCCAAUUGCUCCGCUGCUCCGAUGCUCCGAUUCUCCGAUCGAUUCUUUCCGCUCUCCACGGUA